AUGGCGGAAUUAGCCUCUAGUGACGGUCAACCUGGCAGAGUUAAGGGUGCUACUGUGAUUAAACCAAUCAUUUAUGGUAACAUUGCACAAUCCUUUGGAAAGAAGCGUGAAGAAGAUAAUCAUACUCAUGAAUGGACUGUGUUUGUUCGCCCCUAUAAAGAUGAGGAUGUAUCUCAAUGGGUUAAGAAGGUCCAAUUUAAAUUACACGACAGUUAUACUGAUCCUGUUCGAGUGUUGACAAGCGCACCGUUUGAAGUUGUUGAAACUGGCUGGGGUGAAUUCGAAAUUGUUAUUAAAAUAUUCUUUACCGAUCCAACUGAAAAACCGGUUACGUUAUAUCAUGCGUUAAAAUUAUUUGCAACUCCUCCAGUUACAUUAACCCCUGGAAAAAGAGUCUUUAGCGAACAUUAUGAUGAAAUUGUAUUUACCGAUCCAACUCAUUUUAUGUAUUCUUGUCUGAUGAAUGCCACGCCUCAGCAAUCACUAAAACAUGAAGUUGAUUAUAUUGCUCAUGAAAAAGAAACCAUGACAUUAAUUACCAAUGCAGCGAAAAAGGUAGAAGAAGAAAUAGCUGAUAAAAAGAAAUUAAUUCAAAAUCAUAAAGAAACCAAAGAGCAGUAUGUUAGUGAAAUUGCAAAGUUGGAAUGUGAGGCCUUUUUCGAUAAGUGUUUAGGGCUUUAUAUGAGUAUGCUUAAAUUCCCUUCUUCCAAACUUCGAAGUUACAAGCGUUCAAGACAACCUGAAUUUUUUAACAUGUUUAACGUUGUUAUCGAAAUGAACGUUGGACAAUCUUAUAAUUCUUAUUAA